CAGAGUCCAUAAUACGUUAUCGUUUUAUGUCGGUUGGCAAAUGCUUCUGAGUAAAGAAAAUGGAGGCAGAUGCACAGUAACUAACACUCAACCAAAGAAAGUAACAAUCUUCCUAACUUCCACUUGAAAACCUAUCACCCAUUUUCUCUAUUCUCUCCUCUUCUGGAUUCAACAGCAAACAUAAUAAUAAUGGCAACUUCUUCAAGAUUCUUUCCUCCUCCUCUUCUUCUUCUUCCAUUCUUUCUCCUCUGUGUCAUUUUAGUCAAUCACCAAGUUAACUGUGAUGAGGAGGAUACACUUUUGGAAGGUAUCAACAGCUACAGAAAAUCCUUGAAUUUGACUACUCUUACAAAGAAUGAGAAUGCAGAAUGUCUUGCAGAAGAACUAGCUGAUCAAUUUAAGAAUCAGCCUUGUACAAACACCACAGGCUCCAACACUGUGCCAGGCACUGAGCAGCAAUUCCAUAAUUAUGAAAGUCUUUUAGCUAAAUGUCAUUUAAAUGUGUCUAACACAAGGGAUGGACAGGCAAUGCCAGCCUGUGUUCCUAAUUUGGAUCCAACCCUUGUACUCGCUAACUUCACAGGUAGUCAAUACUCGAGUUAUCUUAAUGACACUAAGUAUACAGGAGCUGGGAUUGGUUCCGAUGGUAAUUGGAUUGUCAUUGUGCUGACCACCAGCGAUCCUGAGGGAAGCUUUGUGACUUACAACGCAGCCAGCCUGACAAUCAAGAUGGGUGUCAUCUCUCAUCUACUGUUUUUGUUGGGGCUUUUGCUUAUUUUUGUAAUCUAAGUGGGAUUACCAUUGGUUCACCUUAUUAUCAAUCAGAGGGCACCUUCUAAUCAUAUUUUUGUUGCUCAGUGUGGGAAAAGAUAAAAAUACCACCGAUGUUUACUUGCUAUUAGCAAAAUACUUAUUUUCAAUACCGCUACAGACUUUGUAAUGUUUUCUGUUUUCCCGGUUUCCUUGUGAGACAAGUACUAUAGAAAAGCUGUUUCAUCCA